CGGGAGGCAGGAAGCCCCGCCCCUUCCCCGACACCGGCGUGCGCGCCUCUCUACCACGCGCGCUCUCCCGAGCCCGGGGCCCGCGCUGCGCUGUCCUUCGAUACUCUGAGCUUGCGGCCGUGCUUCCCGCCCCGCCCCGUCCCCCGCGCGGGCUCACGCUCCGCGGCGCCAGGCCCUCGCCUUCUCGGCCCUGACCACAGCCCGCUGCACCGGCACCAUGCUCUUCUAUUCCUUUUUCAAGUCCCUUGUGGGCAAGGAUGUGGUCGUGGAACUCAAGAAUGACCUGAGCAUCUGUGGAACCCUCCAUUCUGUGGAUCAGUAUCUCAACAUCAAAUUAACUGACAUUAGUGUCACAGACCCUGAGAAAUACCCUCACAUGUUAUCAGUGAAGAACUGCUUCAUCCGGGGCUCGGUGGUCCGCUAUGUGCAGUUGCCAGCAGAUGAGGUGGACACGCAGUUGCUACAGGACGCAGCAAGGAAGGAGGCCUUGCAGCAGAAACAGUGAUGGCUCCUCUGCUCCCCUUCCCUCUUCCCUUGGCGAGCCUUGACCUCAUGUCCCAGCCCAGGACCCCUCCCCCCAUACUUUAGGUGUUGUGGGUUUUUUUAAUAGUGAAGGCACUUUUUUUUUUUUUUUAAAGAAUAAGGGGAUGAGAGAACUGAUAGUGGGGAGCAGCUACCCUCCGUUGAGAAGGAGUGGAUAAGUAGUCUGGGGAACUGCAAAGCCUUCCUUGUCAUCAGUACCUGCCUUUCUUACUCCUUCCCUGGAGAUGGUGGGAGAAUCUCCUAGAUCUCUCCAGGGCAGCAUGUGAUUCAUUUUGGGGGUGGAAGGAAUCUGUCCCGCAUCGGGAAUAAAGUUUAUGAUGCAAAUUUGAA